GAGUAGGGUUAGAACUAGAUUAAUGAGUAAACUAUUCAUAGAGUGCAUAAUUGAGUUAUGGUAAUUCGAUGAUUCAUUCUAGAGCGAGUAAACCAGAGACCGAUUCGAAGUCUAAGAAAAGGACGAGAAGUUCGAAAAAUGUUCAUCGGGUCACACAAAUUUUGAAAUUGAAAAUCGAAAGGGAGAGAGAGAAUGCUAGUGCUACAGCUAUUGUUUAGCGGUAGAAAGAAAAAGAGACGGUUAGAGAAGGGGGAAUGCGAUUCUCCAAGCCGUAAAGAAAGGUCGAAGUCGUCAUUCUGUUCACUAAAUUCCAAACGAACGCACGCGUUUUCGACAUCGUUGGAAAAAAAAUGGUAGGGAAGCGGCCGAAGCACGACAUUGGCGCAGCCGAUGCUCCCCCUCGAAAAUCAAAGAAGUCUGCGAAAUUGGAUACUGUCAUAAAAGAGCUUUCAGAAUCGAAAGCCCUUAACGUCCAGCUGAUGGAAGAUUUGGAAAAGGCCAGAGAAACGAUUGCAGCUUUACAAACUAGCCUGACGGCUCCACGAAGUGUUUCGAGCGACGUAAAUAGCGAAGAGUUUAUAGCAGACAUGAGGCCGUCGAGCACACAUCGCGCUGGUCGACAGGGAGAAAACACAAACGCGGAGAUAACACGCUUUAUGUCAUCAGUGAACCAGAUUUCGGUUUCAUCAAUUUCGGUUCCAGAGUGCAAACCUUCGUCAGGGCUUGACGAAAUUGGAAGACACGACUUUGAAUCGUGGAGAGAUCUACUGACGGACUCUUUCAAGCUAGCGGGGGUGGCUGAUGAGGCAACGCAGUAUAUCAUCUUUAAAGUAAAAGCCGGACAAAAACUAUUGGAUAUCUUCAAGAACACACGAAACGUUGAGAAUGCCCCCGAUGAAGUCAAUUUUCCGUUUUCAAAUGCAAUGUAUCGCUUGAAAACUUAUUUUUCUUCCGCUUCGGAUGUGAUGCUUCAGAGACGGAAGCUAGCGCUCAUCACUCAGAAGCAGGAUGAGUCGGACGUUUCUUUCCUUAUGCGUAUAGGAGCAGUCGCUCGCAUGUGCGAAUUCGGAGACGACAAAGAGUUCGAGGAGAUAGUAAGAGCGGUGGCCGAGCACGCUUCAAAUCGUGAUGUGCGCACUAUGGCUUUGAAACUGUUGAGCCGAAAAGGCACAUUUACGGAUCUAGUCGACAAAGUUCGAGAAUUGGAAACGAUCCGUUUGAACGAAGAAUUUUUCCAUCUGAAGCACGGUAAAACCGAGCCGGCUACAAUAGCGCGGGUAGCAGCAGCACCAGCGACUCAGUUCACCGGUCGCGGUGGACUUCAGCGACGGAACGAGACAUUUGGUAGGGGAAGGUACCAUGGUCAACAGUCGGGGUAUCGAGGAGCUCUUGUUAAUCGCGGUAGAAAUGCUUCCGCAUGGCGUGGAGAAACUGAAACUCCGGAAAGAUGCUUCCGUUGUCACAGCCUAUUCCACAAGUCGUUCAACUGCAGCGCGAUCAAUAUGUACUGUUUGAAAUGCGGUGGAAAAGGGCACCUACAGAGAGCUUGUCGUUCGAUGGUUCGUGAGGACGACAAGAAUCGUCAAGCAGAAAGAUCAUCCGAGGUUAGACAGUCGGAGGUAGCGGCAAUCGUCAAGACGGGAGAGGACACCCCUGAGAAAAGCAGUGAACAUAGCGUAAGUGAUGUUGCCUAAAUAUUAUAGCAUCGUUUAUAUCUAAACAGGAAAAGGGAAAUUUCUAAUUCUAAAUUUUCUAAGAUGAAUAUGAAUUUUGUUUAAUAAAGCAUAAAAAAAAAAUAUCCCUUUUCAUUGAAGACGUUGCACGCUUAUUAGUAAAAUACGAAAACCACAGUAUUCAAAAAUAGUUCAUGUCUCCACAGGCUGCGGAGUUCUUUAAAAACGUAUCGUAUGAUAUCGCCCUGGUAUCGACAGGUAGAGAUAGCGGAAUCGUCGUUGCUACAGUUGCCGGUAUGCCAUGUAAGUUUCUAAUAGACUCCGGCGCGCAAGUCAAUACCCUUUCUGAAGAUUACUUCAAGCAGUUAUGCGGAAUAGGAAGCUACAGAGAUGGUUUGCAUAAUAUACAGCAGGGAUCAGAUAGAACUCUUAGGGCUUAUGCGGCAUCAGGCGAAAUAGCUGUGUUGGGGACUUUUGAGGCGUUCUUGUUCAUUACAGACGAUCGUCCAGUGUUUUUGGAAAAAUUUUACAUCGUCAGGGAGGCCCAAUCUUUACUCGGCCGAACUACCGCUACUCGAUACAGUGUACUCUUGUUGGGUCUACAGGUCCCGAUAAGGCCACAGGGUUUAUUUGAUCAUCACGGGCGUCAAGAGAAUCAAAUAGCAACGGUAAAUCUAGGCGAUGUGUUCCCUAAAUUUAACAUUCCUCCGGUUGAAAUCAAGUAUGACACAACAAAGCCGCCCUGCCGUAACAUUUUUUUCAACAUACCAUUGGCAGUUAAACCUCUGGUUGAACAAAGACUACAAC